UUUUAUGUAGAAUUUUUCACAAAAAUUUCGCACGGACUAUUUUCAAGGUGUAAUUGAUUACAGUUUUAUCAAGGUAUUAUUAAUCUUUUGAUUUGGAUAGUCUCAGAAUAACCAAUAUGUGAAGAUAGUUUGAAGAACUCGAAUAGGAGAUUGAUUUAUUUCAUAAAGGGCAAAUAAUAAUAGUUAAAACAACAGAAAUCUAUGUGAAAAUGUUUGUCACUUCGGAUACGCAGAAGAAGUCUUUUUUGGAACACACCAAGGCAGCUAGGGAGGAGCGUGCCUACGAAAAACGUCGUGAAGAGGCGGCAGUUCGAAUACAAGCACAAUGGAAAGGAUACAUAGCUCGCAAGCAAUAUCGUAAUAGGAUAAUCACUGAUUUUGAUAAUUUAAUCACAAAUGAUAAAAGUGAAAAAGAUUUUGAAUUAUUACUAGCUAAUACUGUAUAUCCAGUUGUCCGGCGUUUUCUCACAUAUUUUCAAUGCAAGAAGGAAGCGUUGGAUACUUUAUCAUCACGUGAAAAGUUUGAGUCCUUAUGUCGCUAUUUAAACAAAUCCAUGGAAUCAGAUUCACCGAAGCUGUCCUAUGCAGCUCUUUGCUUACAUAAAGAUAAGAGCUUACACUGGUUAGCUCAUGUGAAAUCUUUAUUAUCAUUAUGUUGCCUAAUGCUGGGAGACUUAAAACCUGAAAAUCAUGCGGACAGUAUCUCAUUGGCGCUUUACCUUCAUACGCUUGUCGUUUUUACAUCACCAAAAUCUUGGGGUAUACUUCGAAAUAAACAAUUCGAAAAAAUGCAACCAGCAUUGCAGAAAAUAUGCUGCAAUAUUCAGGGAAAAUUAGUACAAAAUGGAUUUUUCAAAACAAUGAGAUCGAUACUCUUAAAAGGUACUGCACGUGAAGAUCUUUCUAUCAAACCUGUUUCACUUAAAGCUAUAAUGACGCUUUCUACUCGACCUCUCAUUGAUGGCGGCUUCAGUAGAAAUUUACUAACCCAGUUUUUGGCUGAGAUUUUAUCGGUUCCUGCUUUAGUAUACCAUCUGAAUAUUGUCAUACCACAAUGCAUAGAAAACUUCAAUUCUAUGCAAAUACUGAAACGAUUUCUGCAAUCCGUUGAGGAUGCCGAUUGGUUUUCAGAGUUUACAAAAUCUAUGCCAGGCACUAAGGUGCUUGCAUUCCUCGGAAACAUUGUUAAUCUGUUUACAAUUGACAGCUCUGUAGAAACAAGAGAGUUGGCAUAUCCGCUAUUUACAAAUGCAACCACCCUACUACUCGAGAAGAUACCAAACACCGUUUCCAGCAAAGGCGUAUUUACGCAGUGGCAUGAACUGCUUGGCUGGCAUACACCAUCGUUGGAUUCAGCACAAAACCAAAAUGUAGCGUUGAUUAAAAAACAAUUUCAUUUUCUAUGGGGUCAUCGUUGCAUUAAGGUUUUAUUGGUGGACACACUGAGAGAUAUCAAUGCAACGUAUGAACGUGUAGAAUUCCAACCACCGUCACAGGCAUCCACAAGCAACAUAAUACGUCGUGCAUUGGAUCGUGGUUCAUCACGCGGUACAUUUAACAGAGGCAAUAGAUCAUGGCGUAGACUAGAUUGCGCAGAAGUGGAGCAGGUGUCACGUGUAAGCGCCAUGUUUUAUGCAGCGUUGAAUACGCUCUCUCAGCUACGACUUGAUAUAUUAACAGGUAUUUGUUACAAUGACAACGUUUUAUAUGGUCUUUGGCUCCUGCUCACAUCGCUGGGUCCGCAUUGUGGCAUGAAAGAGUUUUUGGAAUUAUUAAAGCAAGAAAACGCCUUGCGGAAGCCGCAAGUAGCAAUGUUGAUGCUAUUCUGUGACAGCAUGACGCAUUACGUUACUAUUUUGGAUGAAUACGAAAUGUAUACGGAACAAAAGCCAUUUCUCCUCAAUGACUUUGUCAUGCUUACAUAUUUUCUGAACAACAUUCUCUAUAAGAUAAUCAACGAAAAUUUACUUGCAGGAACGAAAAAUAUAACACAAUGCCCAUUAUUCAUAUCCUUGCAUACAUUGCUUUUAUGCCUUUACCGUCGUGAUUGUCGCCGACCAUUUGCACCAAUCAAUCACUGGCUUAUACCCGAGGUGAAACCUUCAACGUUCAUCAGUGAUUUAGAAAAAGCAAAAAGGCACUCUGUGAUUCUGCUGCAGAAGAUGCCACAUAUUAUACCGCACGAAGAUCGCGUGAAGUUGUUUAGAAAGUUCGUACAGAAUGAAAAGGCUGUAAUGGGUUUAACAGAGAGCGCAUGCGCAUCACCACGAUCUGCACUGAUUGUUGUGCAUCGGGAUCGUAUUGUAGAAGACGGCUAUAGACAAUUAGCUGCGCUUAGACCGCACGCUUUGAAAGGUGUGAUACGUGUACGAUUUAUAAACCAACAAGGUCUGCACGAAGCUGGUAUUGAUCAAGAUGGCGUUUUUAAGGAAUUUUUAGAGGAGACGAUUAAGAAAGUAUUUGAUCCGUCUCUUAAUUUGUUCAAAACAACUACGGAUCAACGUUUAUAUCCAUCGCCCUUAUCAUAUGUGCAGGACAAUCAUUUGCAGUUGUUUGAGUUCGUUGGUCGCAUGUUGGGGAAAGCAGUAUACGAAGGCAUAGUUGUAGAUGUGCCAUUUGCAUCGUUUUUCCUAUCACAACUGCUAGGUCAAACACAUCAAGCGCUUUACUCCUGCAUGGACGAGCUACCCUCUUUGGACAAUGAGCUCUAUCGCAGUCUUACCUUUAUCAAACAUUAUAAACAGGAUGUUGCAGACUUAAAUUUAACAUUUUCAGUGGAUCAGGAUGUUAUGGGUAAGAUUGUGACACAUGAGCUGCAUCCGGGUGGUAAAGCACGCGCAGUGACCGAUCACAACAAACUAGUAUAUAUACAUUAUAUGGCAUACUUUCAUAUGAAUACACAAAUACGCGAACAAACUCAGGCUUUCAACCGUGGAUUCCGCAGUAUUGUCAAUCCGGAGUGGUUAUCCUUAUUUUCACCACCGGAAUUGCAACGUUUGAUUUCCGGCGACACCGCGCCGUUAGAUCUACGCGAUCUACGAAAACAUACACAGUAUUAUGGUGGAUUUCAUGAUUCACAUCGUGUCGUUGGCUGGUUAUGGGAUAUUUUAGCUAAAGAUUUCACCGAAGAAGAGCGCAAAUUAUUUCUUAAGUUUGUAACCAGUUGCUCUAAGCCACCGUUGCUGGGAUUUGCCAAUCUAGAGCCACCGUUCUCUAUACGCUGUGUUGAAGUUAGUGAUGACGAGGACACUGGUGACACCAUUGGCAGUGUCAUACGUGGCUUCUUUACCAUACGCAAGAAGGACCCACUCAAUCGUUUGCCAACAUCAUCCACUUGCUUCAAUUUAUUAAAGUUGCCAAACUAUCAGAAGAAGUCUACGCUACGCGACAAAUUACGGUACGCUGUUAGCAGUAAUACUGGAUUUGAAUUGUCAUAAUUUAUAGGUUAUUGGUUAAGCAAAAGUACUUUAAACGCACUUGAAUUUAAAGACUACUUUCUACGUAUAUGACAUAAAGGGCUGCAAAGCGUGCAAACUUACACUUCAUCACAUACAAUAAUAAUGAAAUAUUUAAAAUUUAUGAUGACACUUUGGGAUUAAUGUAAGAUACCAUUGUGAGUUUGCUGCUAUUAUAAAUUAACUUUAAAUGCAUCAUACAUAUAAUAUACGUUAAUGAUUUUCUAACUUUGCCAUAUCAAUACAAAUACAAUAUAUACACAUUUAUUAAUGUGUAAACUUGUGCGUGUAUAUGUAAUUAGUUUUCAACGGACGGACUAAUGCAUCCUUAUGUUUGUAGUCGAUUUGAUGUGUAUGCGGCUCCACUAAAAGCUAAUACUUCGGGAAAGCAUAAGUUAAGAUAUUGCUAUCAAUUUUAAGGCAUUAUUUGUCUGUUGUAUGUAGUUUAUUUUAUUUUUUCGCAGUUUGUAAGCUAUUUUUUUUUUCAUUAGAUAAUAUGUAUGUGUUUUAAAUUCGAAGUUUUAGAUAACUGUGAUAAACAAGUUUACACGACAUUCGUCUACUCUAUACCGAUAAAUGUAAAGAUACCCAUUUGUAUAUGUAUGUAUAUUUGAAAGGGCAAAUUUCAAUAAAGAAAUUUUAUUAUAAAUAU